AUGAAAGUACAUAUAUGUCUGCAAGUGAAUGUUGCAGGACGACGAAGGCAUGGCUAUGUUCGAGGAUGCUUAUCUGAUAUACAUGGAUACAAUCACAGUUUAGUACGAGCCCUCAGCGAACAUCCUGGAUGCCUCGAUACUACAGCUCGUCAACUUUUCAUGCCAACUGCACUGCGGCAAGAACUAGAACCGUCGCGUCUAGCCAUUUGUGGAUGUCACACGAAUCUCUGUAAUUCGUCGUCGACCCCUCAUCUUCUCAUGUCAAUUUUUAUGACAACAACAUUCGUCGUCCUCCUCAUCUUCACUACCAUGUUGUAA